AUGAAUACGUUGAUAUCUGUUUGGAGACGAGUGACAUAUUUUUUAUUCAUUUGCCUUUUAGUAAUCAUUUUAGUUUUCGUAUUGGACUUUGAAUUAAAUGAUAAAAUUCAACGAAAUGCUUUUUAUAAAACAUUAUCAAAGAAAACUAGAAAUCUUGGUAUUAUUAUUGUAUUAGAUAAAACUACUCAAAAUAAAUAUAAACAACAUAGUGAAAAUAUGAAAUGUUAUGCCAAACAACAUGAAUAUACAUUUAUUAUAUUAAAUCCCGAAUCUUAUUCGAAUUGUUCAUUGAUAAAAAACUUUUUUUUUCAAAAACACUGUGCUGUUUUAAAUUACAUGAAAUCAAUGAUCAAUAUCCAAUGGUUUGCUGUUCUAGAUGGUGAUAUUUUUGCUUUCAAUAAUUCGAAAUUAAUCGAAGACUUCAUUCCGAAUAACACAAAUAUUCAUUUGAUUUACUAUGAGCGAUUUUAUACGGGUGAAAUCAUGGCUGGAGCGUAUUUAAUUGAAAAUCAUCCGUGGUCACAUCGGCUUUUAUACAAAUGGAGUCAAUUUUAUUUUCAAUUACCUCGAAUCGGUUAUCAUAAUCAUGACAAUGGUGCAUUACAUAUGAUAUUUUUAGAAAUGAUUGAAAAGCCGGAUGAAAUCUUGAAGAAAUGUCAUUUAAUAUAUCUUCGAUCAUCAAAUGAACAAAAUUAUUACAGAUAUCUUCGUUGUUUUCGUUGUGCAAUCGGCGGACAAAGACUAUUUCAACAUAUUCAAGUACUUCGACGUGGCCAUGGAUUUGCACGAGAUUUUCACAUUCCAUUUAUCAACGAUUUUCUUCUGCAUGGCCAUAAAGAUGAAUUAAAUCAAUAUUUUCAUAAUCCAACGAAAUGCACAACUAAUUGGUUAACAAAUAUCAAAGAAAAUUCAUUGAUUUCAAAUCUUGAAAUUGCAAAAAACAUGACUAAAGCAAAGGAUGAAUAUGCGAUGAGAAAAUAUUCGAUUUCACUUGGAAUUCCUGAUAUAACAGAUUGUUGGCCAAAUUGUGAACAAAAUAUAACUGGAAAUAAAUUAGUCAAAUAUUUAGCUGCCUUAUGCGAUUAA